AUUCAGAUUCUGAGUAAAACACACACAAGAACAACAGCUGUAGAAAACUCAGAAGAAAAGUUCUCCAGCGGUUGACACCAAAGAAGCUGCUGAAGGUUUUGAUGAUUCUCUGAUUGUGAACGAUCAUCUCCUUAUCUUCUGAUCUUCUCGACUGCGACUCUUCAGUCCUCUCUUACUGACUUCAUCAUGGAGAUCCGUGUGUUCGGACUGGUUUUGUUGCUGGUGUUGUGCGCCGCACUGCCUGCUGAAUCCCAGAACUGGGAGGCAUUCAAAAAGAAGCAUAUUUACCCGAGCAUGGAUGAGAGAAGAUGUACCGACACAAUCAAAGACAAGAAAAUCAAUUAUGGUGGCAUCUGCAAAAAAAUGAACAGCUUCAUACUUGCCAGAAAAGAUCAGGUUAAGGCUGUAUGUGGGGCCGCCGGCAGGGCUGUGCGUGGGAAUCUUCGUGAAAGCAACAAACCUUUUAGUGUGGUCACUUGCAACCUGAUGCAGAGUAACCCAUGUAAAUAUGUCGGUCAAAAGAGUACUCGAUGCAUUACAAUAGCAUGUGAGAAGGGUUUUCCCGUGCAUUAUGAGCGUGAAAGACCUUGUUAAUUAAAUCAAGGCUGCGAUUUAAAACACCAAACGUUUGGUGAUGUUCUUCAAACUAAACGCAAUCUCAAAUAAAAUACUUCCUACAUAUACAACCUACUGCUUAAUGAAUCUCUGAGGUGGUGGAGCUGAAGGUAGAAAGACAAUUGUAUGGCUUUGAUGAUCUUUUAUUUCUCUAUACUCUAUAUUUCUCUAAAUGAAGAUUUGUGGUCUAUUAUAAAGUCAUGUGUGAUUGCACUGUACUCUACUGAUAUGUCAAACAUAUGGUGUGAGAACUGUACAACAAAUACAUCACUGUUUAUUGGUAUGUAAUAAUAUUUUAUAUAAUCAAAACAAAACAAAAAGAAAAGCUUUCAAAUGUAUCAUUUCCAUUCACUUUAAAAUGAACUCCUGUCAUCUUCAUUAAAACGUAUAAGGCAUUGCAAAACCAUUUUA